GUGUAGCGAAUCGGUCGUGUGCGGAUUUGCUAUUAUCGUACUUAGUUAUUUUCCAAUAUUUAUAAAAUAAUAGAAAAAGUAAAAUUAUAAAUUCGUAUUUUUUUCAUUAGCUAGGUAUGUGCCAAGGACUUGGUUAGAGGGAGGUGUGUGUAACAAAGAAGAAUGUCUCCGCUGUGGUGGGCAUUGCCACUGCUGCUGGCAGCUGCAAGCGCGGACGAGGCCACUGACCCUGAGGGCCUGCUAGAUACUGGUACAGUUGUGGAGAUCAACGAAGCGGAAUACUCGGUGUUUGUUUCGAAGUGGUCGGAAUGCACCACCAAUACCGAGGAACACGACAGAGCCAUUGAGAGAUACAAUACAAGAGUGGAAGAAGACUCUCUAGUGCACACGCCUAGGCUCGGACUUCAACGACGUCAAGUGCAAUGCCGUAGGAAGGACGGACAAUUUGUAGAACCCAUGUAUUGCGGUAACGCGAUAUCCCACAUCGGCACAACCCGAGUAUGCGUGAUGCGUGAAGAUUGCUCGCUAGCCGAGUGGCUGCCGUGGCGGCCCCGGGCCGACGGCGCGCUGGUCCGCACCAGAAGACUGCGGCGACUUGCACAAGGCGGUGGCAAAGAAUGUGAGGUGGUGGAAGAAGUACGUCCAGCGGCUCUCGAGGCUAGCGCGCACUGGACGCCCGGACCCUGGGGUCGUUGCCGUGUCGCUGUCGCGCAGCCCGCUACUCCACCGCCAACUGAUGAUGACGACGACGCUGAAGACAAUGAUGAACUAUACGAUGAGGAUGAAGAAGCCGAUGAGAUGGACCGCGCAGGGACAGGCGACGCAAGCUGCGGGGGUGGCGUGCAGCGACGUGACGUAAGCUGUGUGCGGGCGGACGGCCGGGCACUACAUCCAGCGCAAUGCGCGCACGCCCCCAUGCCCACGCUCGUACAGCCUUGCGAGGUACCAUGCCCCCGUGACUGUGAGGUAGGAGAGUGGGGAGAAUGGGGCGCAUGCCAACCUAUCGAUGGAUGUCCACUUUACCCCGUGCAGGAACUGACAGCAACUGGAUAUAGCGUGCGUCGUCGUCGUGUGACGUCAGCAGAGUCCGGCGGCGGUGCAAACUGCCCGCCUUUAGAGGAGAAGCGGACGUGCACGAUGCCUCGCUGCGCGUCCUGGAAGGCGCUUCCAUGGGGACCCUGCGUACUCAGCCAGCCGCACUCCACUUGCGGGCCUGGGAGGCGCAUGCGUGAGCUUAGAUGUCUGGGCCAUGAUGGAAAAGAAGCGCAACGCGCGUGGUGUAGCGGCAGCAGCACGCCAGCACGGACUGAGCGGUGUCGCAUCGCAUGCCCCGGCGACUGCGUGGUGUCAGCCUGGUCGGUGUGGUCACCCUGCACGGCGCCUUGCGCCGCCCCCGCACGUCCCAGGCCCACCAGGACACGAACUCGACAGAUCAUUGCUCAUGCAUCUCCCAAUGGCUGGCCAUGCCCAACCGAGGACCAGCUUAUCCAGAACGAAACGUGUAACAACCACGCUUGCGCCACUUACUCCUGGCUCGCAACGCCCUGGGGACCAUGCGAAAGACGUCACCAGGAUUACAUUCCUGUAACCAACUACACUGAUUUACAAGAGGGCGAACCUUACAAUGAAAGUGAUGAUGAGGAGCCGUGUGUGGAGGAAGGUCAGAUCACCAGAAACGUCAUGUGUGUCCAGAACAAUGCCGACGUCGUCCGCGAUUCCUUGUGUUUACCAUUACGGCGACCACAAUCCCGGCGUGCCUGCACUUUGAGAUGUCGCCGGGGCUGCAGGGUUGAAGCGUGGAUGCCGUGGUCGCCGUGCCCUAACACUUGUGAGCCAGGCAAGCAAGUCCGCGUGCGAAACGUGCACGGUGGUCCGAACUGCGGCGCAGUACAGGAGGUACGCGACUGCCCAGCGCCGCCAUCGUGCCGCGCUCGUGAAGCUGGCUGGAUUGCAGGCGAAUGGAGUACCUGCCGACUGCCGCCUGGACAGAGAUGCGGCCUCGGAUUUCGACUUAGAAGUAUCUGGUGCGGUUCUGAUUCACAUCGCGUGGAGGCUGGCGCAUGCGCUGGUCAGCUGGUGCCGCCCAGCGUUGCCGCCUGUAUCGUCACCUGUGACCGCAUGGUCCCACUCACCUGUGACGUCAUCUGCGAAGAUCCAUUGAAAUAUCUCGAUGCAUCUGACCCAGAUGUUCCAACCUGUGUCUGCAAGACUGUCACUUUGGAGCUUCUUCCUGCUGAUUCUGAUUGUAUUUUGCCACCAGGAUUGGAGUGUGGAGAAGGAAGAGCUUUAAGAGCCGCUCGCUGCAUGGCCAAAGGCCGGGACGUCCCAAUGGACGUUUGCAAGAAAUAUCAUCCGCUAACUGGUCCGCGCCGCGUCCGCGAGGCUUCCACUGAUGGGUUUGCGUACGACGAAGAAUUCCCGACGUUGGUCCGCGGCGCGUGUAGCGUGCGGUGCGCGCGGGACUGCGCCACCGGGCCUUGGGCACCUUGGGGCGCUUGCUCAGCUGAGCCCGGCUCACGGGCAGCAUUCAGAUUCCGAACAAGAGAGGUUAUAGAAGAGGGUUCUGCGGGAGGUCGCGAAUGCGGCGCAACGCUGCAGCGGGCGACCUGCGUGCUGCCAGAGCCGUCGUGGCGCGUCGGCGAGUGGUCCGUGUGCGCGCCGCAGCAGGCGCUCUGCGGCCGCGCCAUCAUCAACAGGACCGUCAUUUGUCAAGACUCGAACGGCGUGAAGCUCGAGGACUCCGAAUGCGUGGUGGGCGGCGCGGGGCAGCCGGCGGCGCGCGAGGCGACCUGCCGCGCUCCCUGCCCGGCGGACUGCGUCGUCAGCGCCUGGUCUGAGUGGAGUCCUUGUGAACAGACGAAAUGGGGUGGUCGUCGCGACCGAACUCGGGUAGUGCUCCGUCCGGCGGACGAGGGCGGAGCGCCCUGUCCGCACCUAGUGGGCGGCGAGCCCUGUGCGCCGCACACGUACUCCUGGCACGUAGCUCCCUGGGACGACUGCCAACCUUUAGGUGGUUCCCCGUGCGGCGAAGGUACAAAGAGGCGAUCUGUUCGAUGCUUGCGUAGUGAUGGGGUAUUUGUGAACGACUCAUAUUGUCCUAAUGCGACGGCAACGGAGGCGCGCGAGUCAUGGUGCUACGUGCCGUGCGGCGUGGAUUGCGAGCUGGGCGAGUGGAGCGCCUGGGACACGGCUGCCUGCGCGUGCGGCGACGCGACCUUCGCACGACACAUGCGCCGCACCAGACAACGUCUGACGGCUGCGGUCUGGCCGGGGCGCGCGUGUCCGCCGACGGAGCAGCGAGCGCCCUGCCCACGAGAACCCUGUCUACGACUCGUCGCAAGACCUUCCCUCGGCUGCCAUGUUCAGACGUCGACUGGCGAGGAGGCAGACAACGCGUGCGGCUGGGGCGUGAAGGUGUCGCACGCGCGCUGCGAGCUGGGCGGCGCGGGCGACACCGCGGAGGCAUACCUGGAGCCCUGGCGCUGCGCCGCCGCCCUGCCCGGCCGCAUUGCCGCCCCGCCGCUGCACUAUCAAGAGGACGAGACGUGCGAGGUGGAGUGCGGCUGCAAGGAGUCGGAGCUGGGCCAGCCGGGGCCGUGGGGCGCGUGGGGCCCGUGCCGCGGCGGCUCGCGCUCUCGCACACGCCAGCUGCUCGUGCCGCCCUCCAGACCCUGCAGGACAUCAUCCAGAUACGUAACAAUCGAGUGGGCGAACUGCACCGGAUCCCCCGACGAGAUUUCGGACCUGCUGUCUGCAGACCGCGAGGAGAAGCCGCGCCGCGCCUGGAUGGACCACUCUACCUACCACGACGGAUAUAUGGAGGGGAGCGGGUCUGUGCUGCUGGCGGUGUGGCUGGCGAGCAUCGUGCUGCUCUCUUGCGGCACCUACAUGUUCUAUCGCGGAUUAGUCAGAUGCAUGAAAAGACUGGAUUCGAAGAGCAUUGCGAAAGUGUAAGCGCAGUAUUAAAAAUGUGGCUUUCCUCAAUCCGCGCCAUCGCUGGCUGAACGUCCUCGAUACAAAUGAAAAUGCCAAGGAUUUUGUUAUUUGAGUAAUUACUUUAUUUGUAAAAUUUAUGUUGUUUUAUCAGCCAGGUUUAUUGUUUUUACGAUGAUCGAUGUUUUUAAAGUUUUUGUCAUCAUUUUGUAGUAGUUAAUUUUCGCGUAAUUAAUGCAGUUCAUGUAACAAUGCAUCUAGAAAUUGUUUAUAAACCUGGCUCUAGUUAGAUUUGUUGAUUUAAUGUUACUACCAAAGAAAAGCCGAUGUCCAACAUCAAAUGUAUAAUUUUAUUGUUAUUUUAGUUUAUAUUUUGUAAUACAUUAUUUCUUUUAUAAGUCUAGUAUAAGCAGCCAAUGUAUUUUGUUAUAAGAUGAAUGUGUCUAGCUUUGUAGUAUAAACAUGGGCGCUAUCUCUAUUAUUCGAUAGCCUAUGUUACAAUAUAUUACAUUUUAAUGAAUGCAGUUUUAAAUUUAAUUACAUUUUAAUAUAGCACCGA